CGAAAACUGAUUCAAUUUCCUAACCCUAUUCCAAAAAGAUUUCAUCAAGUCGUAGUGCUACGAGGAAUGGAAUAUAUCAAAAUAAAUUAUUUCCCUAAUGUAACAUGCGAGUCGUGUGUUUUAGUGAAUCAAGAUAGUUAUUGUGUACAAUAGUGUCUCUGUUAUGUGUGUUAUAUAGUAGUGUACAAUGGAUUCAGAAGAGCACAUACAAACGUUUUUGAACUGCACGCAGCAGAUUCUCGGACGGGAUUUGUCAUGGGAAAAUUUGAACGUGACGCAAAUUCUGGAUUUGCUGCCCAAACAAUUACAUGAGGAUAUUUCCUUAAAGGUGACUCUCAGUAAUUGUAUGGGCUUGGGGAAGAGGCCAUACGUCCCGCCGUGGUGGGGGCAAUUAGCCUGGUUCGUCGUGUUUGCUGUAAUGCUGCUCCUGGCUGUGUUGGGAAAUACUCUCGUCAUUUGGAUUGUACUGGCACACCGUCGGAUGAGGACAGUUACCAACUGUUUUCUCGUGAACUUGGCUGUAGCAGAUCUUCUCAUGGCAUCACUAAAUGGAGCACCAAACUUCGUUUUCCUGGUCACAGCAAAUUGGCCGUUUGGAUCUGUGACAUGCACGGCGAGCAAUUUUACUGCAAAUCUGACUGUUUCCGCCGGGGUGUUCACUCUCGUCGCAAUUACUGUAGACAGAUACGUCGCGAUUGUGAAACCUCUGCAGCACAGAUUAAGUCGUCGCAUGGCUCGCGCGGUGUUGUUAACUGUUUGGUUCGCAAGCGCCUUACUGGCCCUUCCGAGCCUUUUGUAUUCUGACACGUAUAAGAAAAAGUACAUUAACGGCGAGCGUGAAAUAUGUUUCAUGAAAUGGCCGGAUGGAAGUUACCCCACAUCAAAGACAGACUACUGUUACAACUUGGUAUUCUUGGGUGUGACGUAUGUCCUGCCGAUGUCGGUCAUGGUGUGGGCAUAUGCCCGCAUGAGCGAGGCGCUACGGGGCAGGACUAUAGGAGAGUGUACAUAUCACCAGAUGCAAGUCGUUCGAGCUAAGAGAAAGGUGGUACGCAUGUUUGUCCUCGUGGUGAUGGUAUUUGCGCUCUGCUGGCUCCCGUACCACGCGUACUUCGUGCUGGUAUACCAUCACCAGGCGCUCGCUUCUGCGCCAUUCGCACAGCACAUAUACCUGGCCUUCUACUGGCUGGCCAUGGCCAACUCGAUGUUCAAUCCGCUGAUUUAUUAUUGGAUGAGUAAUAAGUUUCGGAUAUACUUUCGCUUAGUUCUCUGUUGGUGUCGCUCGGUGAAAACGAACACACCUAAUGAUUUUAAGAAGCAAUUAGAAAUGAACAAGUCGUAUUCUGGAAGCCACAAACAUUACCGGGAAGCGUCUUCAUUUACAAGGGCUUGACACUCGCGUAAACGGAGCAAUAUUUCCCGCUCCAUGACCCCUAAUGAAUCAAACGCCACAUCGGUGUUAACAAAUGGGAAAACAAUAAAAACGCAUCCCGGCGGCGAAGAAGUGGAAAACUACGUGUGUGAUGAUAGACUCUAAUUUUAUAUAUAAUUUUUCUAAUUCAGCCUUAAAUAUGACUAUUGUAUACUUCUCAAAACCUCAACUUUAAUAUUGUAAAAAAACACUAUUUUUAUGUGAAUAUCUACUACAUAGAUGUAUGUACAUAAUAUUUUUAUAGAACCGGUUUCUCAUUACGACAAUACGCAUUCUCUACCCUCAUUACAGUUAAUUGUGUAA